AAAAAAAAAAAGUUAUGGAGCGGACCUUAAUCGGAUCACGGCUCUUGCAUGCUGCUGCGUAGUUUUCAGCAGAAAAAAAAAAUCCACACAGUGCCUCCGGAGAAGAAGGGGAGUCCACGGAGCGCGUUACGCACGAGUAAAAACAGGACUUAAGUGUUUUGUAAGAACCGGAUCACCAGCCGGUUCAGCAGAGGACCAGGUAUGUUUUUCCGUUUCCAAGGGCUGCGUUGCUGAUGUCACCGCAGAGGAGGGCAGGACAGAAGGACAGGUGCGUAAAGUUGACUGUGCCGUUCAUUGGAAAGCAUGAAGAAGUAUCACGGGACGACGCGCACCACAGCUCACUAAUCUGUUUGGGAAAUCAAGCUUUUUUUUUCUCCGUUUUUAUUCCACCAGCUUAAACUAUUUUCUCAACAGUGUUGCCACAUUGAGUCUAUUUUUUUAAACUCCUAAAUGGAAUAGACACCACGCGUUUGGCUCCGGUGCGCACAAACUGCAGGGGUUCACAAGAUCUGUGGAGUGGGGUGGAUGAACCCGCUGCUGCUUUUUGAAGUGCACAUUACUUCAAACUGGGGUGUGGGAUCGAACCAGCUCCAGCUCCAGCAUCAGAAGCAACACUUUCCGCUUCAAUGCGACACUGACGCAGGUCUGGCAUCCCAGUCCCAGACAGGUGAUGCUUGGGUAAUACAUGGAAGAUCGGACAUCAACAGAGUGAAGGUGAUCUGAAAACACAGACUUGUUUUCUUUGUGUGUGCCUGGAAUGGAAUAAAAUAAAGGAAACCAGCUUCGACUUUUAUAAUCUGCAAUGUUUUUUCCGUGCGUCAUUACAUCUUAAGAGUAAGAGGCGGGUUUUUGCACUGAAGGACACUCGUUCUUGGACUUCCUUCUAGGUUCACAAGAGCAGGUCAACCAUGUCCAAGACACUGAAGAAGAAGAAGCACUGGUCCACUAAGGUGCAAGAGUGCACCGUGUCUUGGGGGGGUUCCGGGGAGUUGGUCACCGUGGUGGAGGUGCGUGGAGGCGCAGAGCUCGGAGAGUUCCCCUACCUCGGACACAUAGUUUCCGAGGCGAUGGUUUGUCACGUUGGGAGGUUUCCGUGCAGUGGAGACGUGCUGCUGGAGGUGAACGGCACUCCGGUGAGCGGACUGACCAACCGGGACUCACUGGCUGUCAUCCGCCACUUUCGAGAGCCAAUCCGUCUGAAGACUGUGAAACCAGGUAAGGUGCUGAAUACUGAUUUGCGUCACUACCUCAGUCUGCAGUUUCAGAAAGGCUCGCUGGACCACAAGCUCCAGCAGGUGAUCCGGGACAACCUGUAUCUUCGCACAAUUCCCUGUACCACUCGGCAGCCCAGAGAGGGGGAGGUUCCUGGAGUCGACUAUAAUUUCAUCAGUGUGGGGGAGUUCCGGGAGCUGGAAGAAAGCGGGCUGCUGUUGGAGAGCGGCACCUAUGAUGGUAACUACUAUGGCACUCCAAAACCCCCUGCAGAGCCCAGUCCUGUACAGCCAGACUUGGUGGACCAGGUUCUGUUUGAUGAAGAAUUUGACACAGAGGUCCAGAGGAAGCGCACGACUUCUGUCAGCAAGAUGGACAGAAAGGACAGCAGUGCCGCCCCCGAGGAGGAAGAGGAAGAAGAGAAGCCUGCGAUGGUGAAUGGCCUAACUGAGCACAAGGACAAGGCAGAGUGGAGGAGGACGGUGCCCAGCUACACCCAGUCAGCCGGGGCCAUGGACCUACGUACAUGGAACACGAUGCCACAGGAUGAAAGUCAGGAGCCUUUACCAAAAAACUGGGAGAUGGCCUACACAGAGACUGGCAUGGUCUAUUUUAUAGAUCACAACAGCAAGACCACUACCUGGCUGGAUCCCCGCCUCGCCAAAAAGGCCAAGCCACCUGAGAAAUGCGAGGAGGGAGGUGAGACAACAUGUGCAGAGCUGCCCUACGGCUGGGAGAAGAUUGAGGACCCCCAGUAUGGCACCUACUACGUUGACCACAUUAACCAGAAAACCCAGUUUGAGAAUCCAGUCCAGGAAGCUAAAAGAAAAAUGAGCGUGGAUACACCAACAGGAGUUCUUCCACCAGCCGCCACUCCAUCAGAGGAGCCUGGUAGGGGAGUUCGGGGCUUCACAAGAGACCCAUCUCAGCUGCAGGGCUCCAUCCUUCAGACAGCACUUAGGAAAAGCCCACAGGGCUUUGGGUUCACCAUCAUUGGAGGUGAUCGACCUGAUGAAUUCCUUCAGGUUAAAAAUGUCCUCCCGGAUGGGCCUGCGGCACAUGACAACAAGAUUGCCUCAGGUGAUGUGAUUGUGGACAUCAACGGGACAUGUGUACUUGGGAAAACUCAUGCUGACGUUGUCCAGAUGUUCCAGUCCAUUCCUGUAAACCAGUAUGUGGACAUGGUCCUUGCCGGGGCUACCCCCCUCCCCGAGGACUCCAGUAGCAGUGAGGAAGCAUCAGGAGGCCCUGGUACCUCCAAGGACACUUCUCCUUCCCCCACUCCACUUCCACUUCCGCAGGACCCCAACUACACCGUCCCAGAUGGAGGAACCCUGUCGAGGCAGACUCCUGCAGUGCCGCAUAUGACCAAUGGAGGACGCCACCACCACCAUUCUCAUUCUCACCAACAUCACCACCAUAUUCCCCACUCCCACAACCAAGAUGGUCCUGAAUCCACUCUGCUACAGCCAGAGCUAGUGAGCGUGCCCUUGGUGAAAGGCCCUGGAGGGUUUGGUUUUGCCAUCGCAGAUUGUCCCCUGGGUCAGAAGGUGAAGAUGAUUCUCGAUGCCCAGUGGUGCCGUGGCCUCUUAAAAGGCGAUGUUAUCAAGGAGAUAAACAGACAGAAUGUCCAAACGUUGAGCCACUCUCAGGUGGUGGACAUCCUCAAAGACCUGCCAGUGGGGAGUGAGGUCAACGUGCUGGUGCUUCGGGGAGGUCAGACGUCUCCUGUGAAAUCCCUAAAACCAUGCACAGCUCCCAUUUCCCAAACCAUAUCCCAGCAAACUCCUCAACCGGCGGUCCAUCCGGUGCCUCACCCAUGUUCCCAGCCUGUGUCACAGCCACAGAAGCAGGAAAUGAUGAGCAGUACAGAGACCCUCAGUCACCCAGAGGUGCCUCCGAAUGCAAUGUCCUUCCCUGCUAAUAACAUGCGCUCAUCUUCACCCAAACCGGACGCAUCUGAGCUCUACCUCAAGUCCAAGGCCAUACAGGACAGCAAGCCUCCCAAUACAAAGGACUUAGAUGUGUUCAUCAAAAGGAACCAGGAGUCGGGCUUUGGUUUCAGAGUGCUCGGCGGCGAGGGGCCUGAUCAACCGGUGUACAUUGGUGCCAUCGUGCCUCUCGGUGCAGCUGAGAAGGAUGGGCGGCUGCGAGCAGGAGAUGAGCUGCUUUGCAUAGAUGGAGUUCCAGUCAAAGGCAAAUCCCACAAACAAGUUCUGGAGCUGAUGACCAACGCAGCCCGUAACGGCCAAGUCAUGCUCACUGUCCGUAGAAAACUGGCACAAACAGAGGGUGUUGAAGAGAACGGUAGUCAGCAACCUCAGCAUGUAGCAUCUGCCCUGGUCAACAGUUCUCCCAAGACGCCUCGUGUCGACGGGCAGAACGUCAUCCACCCCGCUCAUCCCUCCCGGCCUGAGAGUUUUGAUGUUACUCUGCAGCGUAAAGACAACGAGGGCUUUGGUUUUGUUAUCCUCACGUCAAAGAACAAGCCGCCACCUGGAGUUAUACCUCACAAGAUUGGGCGCAUUAUCGAGGGCAGCCCCACAGACCGUAUAGGUCAGAUGAAGGUUGGAGACCGUAUCUCUGCUGUCAACGGCCAGUCUAUCAUGGAGCUGUCACACAAUGACAUUGUCCAGCUCAUCAAGGAAGCCGGGACCUCUGUCACCCUUACCGUUGUGCCUGAAGAUGACAGUGCUCCUCCAUCUGGAACAAAUUCAGCCAAACAGAGCCCUUCGGCACAACACAGAGCUGUUGGCCAACAACCUCCCAGCUAUCCAGACAGGAAUGGUGACUCUGAGUUAAAGAACUCUUUCUCACAAAGAGAGAUGGGAGCACUCAUCACCUCAGGCCCUAAACAGGGUUGCUUUGUGGUGGAACUGGAACGCAGCCAGCGGGGCUUUGGCUUCAGCCUUAGAGGAGGGAAAGAAUAUAACAUGGGCCUGUUCAUUCUACGACUCGCUGAGGAAGGACCUGCUUUAAAAGAUGGCAGGAUACAUGUUGGAGACCAGAUCGUGGAAAUCAAUGGUGAGGCCACGCAGGGCAUCACACACACUCGGGCAAUUGAGUUAAUCCAAGCAGGGGGCAGUAAAGUUCACCUGCUGCUCCGACCUGGACAGGGGUUGGUCCCUGAUCACAGUUCGAAGGACAAAGUAACCAUUCCAACCUCAAGCUAUCCCAGACUUUCUGUAUCUGACGGACAGUCGUCUCCAGCCUCUCCAUCUUCUGUCUCGUUCUCAACAUUAGAACUAUCCCCGAUGUCCUCCAAAACAACAGGCCCUGAUGAGUUCUCUGGCGGGGAUUCCAGGGCGACCGGAUCCCCUGGCGCUGGUCAGGCUAACCGAUCACGAGGGCAGCAGCUCUCUCAUCACAACCAUAAUCGUACCAUCAGCCCCAGCUCUCACAACAGAAAAGCCAGUGACUCCAAGUCUGCUAGUCCUAAGAGAGCCCCCGAAGGCUGGGGAGAUUAUAGGGAGCGUUCCCAAAGCCCUAGAAAAACCGAGCGAGGCCACAGUGGUUCGGUAGAAGAUACGAGCAGGGAAAGAAAAGCUCAUGGGCAAAGAGACCACCACUCCUCCAGCCCCAGGAAGGGAUCCAAGAGGGAACAAGACCCUGCUAAGACCCUAGAAGAUCCUCAGAGCCCACGGCGUCCAAGUGGCCAACAGCCUAGGGUCCCCACUGAGGAAGGGAAAGACAGGAGGUACAGUGAAGAAGAUGUAGCCUACAGACAGGAGAGGGGAACUACAGAGACUGGAGACCGAAGCAAAGGGACCAGUGAUCGCCACAAGAAGAACAAAAGGGCUGAACAAGAGGCAGCGGCACAAAAAUCCCAAGCGCACAGGGAGAGGGUGGGUUCGGAUGCUGAGAGCGGCACCCUGAGCCGGCGAGGUGGAAAAGACAGGGAGUGGGAGAGGCAGGGGGAUAAGGAAUACCGGGAAAGCAAGAACUAUGCGCCAAGUGAAGAAAUGAAUAGAAAAGACCCCAGAGGUUCAAGCAGUAGCAUCCAGGACCCCAGCUGCAACGGAACAACCACCAGCAAGAAAGCUCAAAUCACCCCAGGCCCGUGGAAAGUUCCCAGUUCUGCCAAGAUCCAGUCCCAAGUGGACACAACAUAUGAAAGUAUCUGAAACCUGUGAGCUGAGCCUCUGCAAGACGGACAGUCGAAGUGGAAGGAUGGUUUUUAGUUUCACUUUUAGACAAAGCAGAUCACUGUGUAACCAGCAAAAAUAGGUUCUCAUUGCUUUUCUUUAUUUUUUUCACCCAGUUUGCCUCAGUCGUUUUACAUUAUGGCUCUCGGUCUAAUAUGAGUAUGUGAUGUAUGUGACAGUUGUGUGUGACAGAUGGGUUCUGAGUGUGAUUUUUGGAUGUGAUUCUGUCUGUUCUGUGCCAAUCAGAGACUCCGGUUGUUAAGAAGCUGCUCUGUUUUGCAGUCACUGUGAGACUGUUUGCAUUGGGAUGAACUGAUCUCUACUCGCCUUGAUGAAGGAUCCUGCAUUUUUUUUUUUUCUUUUUUACUCUUUGAAGGUUUAGAACACAUCCAUGCAAUCACUCAGCUUUUCUUCCUGGCAAGAUGGAUUUACUGUUGCUGGCUGGUUUCUCUUUAAUCAGCUGCAAAGGGGGACAGAGUGUCUUCUGAGUCAUUUACUGUGUGUGUUUUGAGAGCCCAACUAGGGUUAUUAACUUGGUGUGUGACUACAUUCAUACACAUGUGAAGACUGAAAUAGUCUAAUUCCAUUAUCUUACCAGAGGGUGGACUGACCACUCUGAAGCUUUAUAUGCAUCAAUCAGCAGACCAGAUACUUGUGGUUAUAGUUCUAAUGUUUGUUACAUGUGUGUUAAUAUUAAAGCAUAAUGUAAUUUAUUGAGAUUAUGUAUAAACAAACUGUUAGUAAACCAUGCAGAGUCAUUUCACUUUUAAUGUGGAUUUAUAGAUAGAAAUAGAAUGUGUAGAUAAGCAUCUCCAUCUAAAAAAAAUGCUAAAUGUCUUAACUUGAGCAGACAUUACAGCUGUUGCUCAAGCACACAUUGUUAAACGUAAUAACACUGUAUAACACUAUAGGAAAAGGAAAAGUGCAUAUAUCUGUCACUCUCUGACUUCAUCUAUACAUUCUAUUUCUAACAUCAUGGUCUGUAAACAGUCAACCGAGCUUGAUUCAUAAUGUUGUCCAUUGUGUAUGUAUACAAGCUGACUGGCCUGUGUAUUUUAAAUAUCACUGUAGCAUUGACUAUACUUAAUCGGACACAUGUAUUAUUUAAUGAAGUGAUUACACAUAUAUUGAAGUAUAAUUUAGAUUGGAUUAACAAAGCUUGAUUGUAAGGAGUGCAAAAUCUGCCUUCAUUUAUUAAAACUUUAAGAGAUAUUUGUAUUUUUAUCAUGGAAAAUUUUGGCACAAAACCAUAUUGCUUUUCCCAUCAUAAUCUCGAGAUCUGUUUUGGAUCUUUUUUUAAUUAUUAUUUAAUUCCUGAACCUAAAUGUGAGAAUAACAGUAUGUAUACUUUGUCUGUGUUAAUCAUGAACAACAUCAUGCCUGUCACUUUAGUGGUAUAAAUGAAGUUCACGUGUGUUGUCCUAUGAGGAGGUAGACUCAUAAUUAAGUGUGGAAAAAGGCUUGUUUUUUGGGAGUUUGAUGUGAAAUUACAUUAUGAUGUUUGUCAAAUUAAAUUUUACCAGAGGCAGUACAGCUAUCCUCUGUUCUGAAGACAUUUUGUGUUGUUUUAAUGUUGCUACUGUGGAGUACAGAGACAUCUAGUGGUUCAUACACUACUAUUCACAAGCUAGCCAUUGCUUAAACUGUACCCUCAUCAGCCUGCCUGUUUAAGGAUGUACAGAAAUAUUACAUGCAUCUCUUGGUCUGUGAGACCACAUACUAAAUUAUUGUCCACAUUAUUGUCGAUAUGUCGGGCUACUGUAUUAUUAAUUGUUCAUUACCAUGUAUGAUACUGUGGCCUUGCAUUGCUUCAAUAUAUAUUAUAAAAGAAAAGUCUUUUAGUUUUGACAUCACAGUAGUUGUAAAUGUUUAUAAAUUGUACAGCACCUGUAUAAAUAUUUGCCUUCAUGCAUAAAAAAAAAAAAAAAAUCCUCUGUAAAUCGUUUCAUUAUUUUUUUAAGGGACCUAAAAGGAAAUGAUAUAAAAUGGGUGAAUAGAAAUAAUCUGGUCAUGGCAUUCUGUUCAUGCACUGAUAAAUAAAGGUUUACUGAAUAAA